AUGAGUCGCAACGUGAACAACUGGCACUGGGUUGACAAGAACUGCAUCAACUGGGCUAAGACCUACUUCGAGACCGAGUUGAGCGGCGUCACCACCGAGGCCAACGGCGCCUCCGUUAAGACCCUCGCCGUCACCUCCGUCACUGGCGAUGUUGAUGUCAACCAGCGCAAGGGCAAGAUCAUUACUAUCUUUGACGUUGCCAUCUCCCUGACCUUCGAAGGUACCACUGCUGACGGCACGGCUGUUACUGGCAAGAUCGAAAUCCCCGAGGUUGCCCACGAUACCGAUGAGGAUGACUAUGUCUUUGAUGUCAGCAUUGAUGCCGAUAGCAGUGCAAAGCAGCCUGUUAGGGAUUUGAUCCGCAAGUCCUUGGCUCCUCUUCUCCGCAAGAAGUUGUCUGUCUUUGCCAUCGACCUUAUCAAAGUUCACGGAAAGGAUGUACAGAUUGAGGGAGAGGCGUCCAAGCCCUCGACUCCUGUUCCCACCCCUACUCCUUCCCCUGCCCCCAGCGCCAGGUCUGCUUCCUCUGCUUCCUCUAUCCCUGCUGCAGCCCCCGGUACUGUCAACACUACUACCUUGGAGGACACUGUGGAGUUGCAGGCAUCGGCACAUGACAUUUACGAUGUACUUUUGAACCAGGCCAAGGUCCAGAUCUGGACGCGCAGCAACAAGUCGACGAUUGAGGCCAAGGUUGGUACCACGUUCAGCCUGUUCGGUGGCUCUGUCACGGGAGAGAACAAGGAGUUGGUCGAGGACAAGAAGAUUGUUCAGAGCUGGCGUCAGAGCUCAUGGCCCGCAGGCCACUACUCGACGGUGACGUUGGAGAUCACACAAAACGCCAACUCGACGGCAAUCAAGGUCAAGCAGGAGGGCGUCCCUGUCGGAGAGCAGGAUACCACCCGCCAGAACUGGAGCAACUAUUACUGGGCCGAGAUCAAGCGCACAUUCGGGUACGUAGGACUUGUCACUACUUCCACUGCCAUGUCUAAUGAUGCUAAACAAUCACGAUCGCAAUCGGACAAGAAGCAGAAGCGUCGUCGUCGGACUGACAGCAAGAAGAAGAGGACCACCGGAGGAGGUGCUGGUGCUGGAGUGUACACGGGAGCUGGACUCGCUGUAUUGACCGCCUUUGCCCUUGGAUUCUGGUUUUCUAAAAAAUAA